AUGACGAGCCUUAUCGACCACAACCCUCACAGCGAGUCUAUCGGAUACUCCUUCUCUCAGUCAACGAAUGCUGGAAACAAGGAACACUCUUUCUAUCCAUACACCGAUAACGGCGGUUCAGUCCUUGGAAUAACCGGCGAAGACUUUGCCGUCCUCGCUGGCGACACCCGCUCCACCUCCGGAUACAACAUCAACUCUCGCUACGUCCCCAAGGUAUUCAGGAUUGGGGGAGAUGAAGACGGAGAAGGGGCGCAAAUUCUGCUAUCGGUAGUCGGGUUUGCUGCGGAUGGCUUAGCCCUCAAAGAGAAGCUCGAUGCGGUGGUGAAGAUGUACAAGUACCAGCAUGGCAAGCCCAUGACUGUCCGAGCGUGUGCCCAGCGACUUUCGACCAUUUUGUACGGAAAGAGGUUCUUUCCGUACUAUGUCCAGGCGAUCCUGGCUGGUCUAGAUGAAGAAGGCAAGGGUGCGCUGUACGGCUACGAUCCGGUGGGCUCGUAUGAGCGGGAGCAAUGCAGAGCUGCUGGUGCUGCGUCUAGCUUGAUUAUGCCGUUCUUGGAUAACCAAGUCAACCUAAAGAACCAGUAUAUUCCCGGCAGCGGAGAGGGACAUGCCUUGGAGGCCAGGAAACCUGAGCCAAUGCCUAGAGAGACCGUGGAACAACUCGUACGGGAUGCGUUCACCAGCGCGGUAGAGAGACAUAUUGAGGUUGGAGAUGGCUUACAGAUGUUGGUUAUCACGUCAAACGGGAUAGAGGAGAUUUACCACCCUCUGAAGAAGGACUAG